UUGAAUUUCCAGCAGUCCUGUUGAACACUUCCACGGGAGAGAUUGAAUCUGAAUUCCACACCUAUGUCCAGCCCCAGGAGCACCCUAUUCUCUCUGAAUUUUGUAGAGAGCUAACUGGCAUAACACAGAAUCAGGUUGAUGAAGGGGUCCCUCUAAACAUUUGUUUAUCACAGUUUUGGAAAUGGAUUCAAAAGAUACAAAAGGAGAAGAAAAUUAUAUUCAGUACAGAUAUUCUAAAUAAUCCUACUUCAGAAGCAAAAGCGUGUACCUUUGUUACUUGGACAGACUGGGACCUGGGUGUGUGUUUGCAGUAUGAAUGUAAAAGGAAGCAGCUGCGAAAACCUGACAUUUUAAAUUCCUGGAUUGAUCUCAAAGCAACAUACAGGGCCUUCUAUAACAGGAAGCCUAAAGGGCUAAGUGGUGCUUUGCAGGAUUUGGGGAUAGCUUUUGCAGGACGGGAACAUUCUGGGUUGGAUGAUUCUCGGAAUACUGCCCGUCUUGCUUGGAGGCUGAUUUGUGAUGGAUGUGUGCUGAAGGUUACUAAAUCUUUGGAUAAGGCAUAUCUGAAAAAUAAUUUAAUUUCCAGAACACUGACUACAGACUUCACUGACAAGACUCCACUGGCAAGUACCAGCAGACCUGAAACAUCUAGCAAUGGCACUUGUGAAACAGACUCUCUGGCUGAGAAAAAACAGACUGGUAUUGCUGGAUUUAAGAUAAAUUCUAAUGUACAAACUGAAGAACAACAGACCACUUGCACUGAUUCCUCUGCAGACAUCCGUGUUGUACCUAGCAGCAGCUCAAGGACUGAGUUACAUGCUCAAGCCCAAAGCUCUUCAACAGGAUCUAGCAACAGAUUUCUGGUUCCUCUUGGGCAGGCACAGCGAUCUCCCAGGACUGUAACAACAGGCAUUCAGCAAGGACUGAGCAAUGGGCAACCUCUGAGAGCCCGAUAUAGCCCUCCAGGACACAGAUCAAGAUUAGUGCUUGUCUCCACUACCAUCUCCUCAGUUAGUAUCUCCAACGAGGAUAUCAGUACCAGUUCUGAUUGCUUAUCGCUGCUGACGGACUGGGAGGAUGUCGCUUUAAUACCAGAAUCUCAAUGUGAACAAAAUUCAGACUCUGUUCAAUUCAAAGAUAACUCAAGUACAGAAAUUUUAACAGCAUUUGAAGAGAAAACCAUUUCCAAACAAUCGUCUAUGAUGAGUUCAGAUAAUCAGAGUUUGGAGAAAACUGUAGUACCUGUGGAAGCUCUGAAAUCUGUCGUUUACAAAAGUCCUGAUACUACUAUCUAUAAUGUAGGAACAGUACAAAGGCAGACUUCAAAUUUUUCAGCUUUUAAGUUACCAUCUGCAAAGGUAAAUGCUAUUUCAGCACAAUCAACAUUAAAUGAAAAUUAUUCUGCUCCUUCGGAGGUUCCUAAAAGAAAGCCAAGUAGUCCAAAAACAUUCCCACCAGCAAAAAAACAGUCUUUUGCUAUAUAUCAAGAAAAAACACCAUCUUUUGAUCAUUCCUUACCUUUAAGAAGUUCAAAUUUGCCCAGAGUGUCUCCUGCCAUUCUGAACUCCACAGUCAAUUUGAAUCAGUCUGUAAGAGUUGUGAAAAACAGAAAACCAACACCCCCUCUGUGUAACUGCGGUCGAAGAGCUAAAAAACUGUAUGUGUCAAAUGCUGGUCCAAAUCAUGGCAAAGCGUUUUUUUGUUGUCCUGUUGGCAAGCACGAAGGUAAUAAGAAAGGUUGUGGAUACUUCAAGUGGGAACAUGCAUUUCUGAAAGAGAAAUCUGAUCGUCUCACCCUGAAUGCAGAUGCUUUGACCUCUCUUGGAACUUACACCAGUAAUUCAGGAAAUUCUUCCAGCAAAAAGUAUUUAUGUCUUAGACCCUCUAUGAGAACUUGA